UUGCAAAAAGACCAGAUAGCGUAUAAGUUCCAGCAAAUGACUGAAGCCAUUGAGGCAGCUUUGAAUGAGAUUCCAUAUGAUGAACUUGAUAUAUCGGAGGAAGUUCAGGAACAUAUUGAACUUGUUCAUGCACAAUUCAGACGAGCAAAAAGAAGGCCGGACUCACCUGAUUUACAAAAGGAACAUGAUUUAGCAGUAGCACAGAAAGAAAAGGAUCCCGACCCUGCAAUUCUCAAAAGACUUUCAGAUAAGUUGCAGCUGAGGACAAUCAAUGAUCUAUCGAAAUAGUCGGUUGUUUUCCACGAACUGGUUAUUGCAAGUGGUGGAGAUCCGGGGGAGCGCUUUGAGGAGAUGGCAUCACUGCUCAAGAAGCUUAAUGAUUAUGUUCUGACCGAAAACCC